CAUUAGACGUCAAUGGGGCUAGGUUGAAAAUAAACAACUGUCAAUAAAACAAGAAUUUGGUGAUGUGUAUCAUAUGUACUUUAUAUUAAUAAAUUAAAAAAAUAUUAAUAAGAUAAUGUCGUUAACAUUGUUGUUGGAAAAGUACGACGUUUCCACCGAGGAAGGCCUUCAGAAGGCUUUGAAUGAAAUUGAAAAAGAAGAGGCAGAAGUCGACGAAGCCUUGUCUAACGCGUUAUCACGGGCUUGUACGCUUGAAGGUCGCUUACGUACCGCCAGUCAGGCCUACACGAAAUUGGGUGAAGUAAAAAAUGAUGCUCAGGUUGCUGCCAGUAUGGUUGACAAAACAGCAGCACUGGCGAAGGAUGUCAGUGCCAAAGUCCGCCAGUUAGAUCUUGCUAGAUCCCGUGUCGCUGAAUGCCAAAGAAGAGUUCAUGAUCUUAUAGAUCUACGAGUUUGUAGUGCUGGAGUGGAAACUGCCAUAAAGGCUCAUGAUUAUGAGACAGCGGCAGGUCACGUGGCUCGUUUCCUGAGUAUGGAGCCGGGAUCUGUAGCGGCAGCGCGCGCCAGAGGUGUUGCAGACCCAAGGCGAGACAUGGAUGCUGCUGCUAAUACACUACGAGAUCAUCUUGUACGCAAAUUUGAAGAAGCAUCAAAAAGGGAAGAUGACGCCGCUGUUGAACGUUUGUUCAAACUGUUCCCGCAGAUCGGGCGCGCGGGAGAGGGGGUCGAUCUAUACUCCAAGUACUUGGCGUCUCAGCUGGAGGGGGCAGUCCGACGCGCGGGAGUGGUGGAGCGCGGCGGCGAGGCGGGCGCGUUCGCGGCGGCGCUCACCCGCGUGCUGGAGGCCGGCGCCGCGCACGUGGAGCGCGCGCGCCUGCUGCUGGCCGCGCACCCGCCGGCGCACGCGCUGCUGCCGCGCGCGCUGGCGCUGCUGCAGCCCAGGGUGUGCGCGGGCGCGCGGCGAGUGUGCGGCGGCUUACUGGGCGCGCGCGCCGGCCCGCCGCCGGGUGACCCGCGCGCCGCGGAGCCGGCGCUGGCCGAGCUGGCGCUGGCGCACGCGCGCCUGCAGCUCUACUGCGCCUUCCUGAGGAAGCGCCCCGAGCUGACAACGAAUUUAACCGAAGCUGAAAAGGAAAAAUGCUUAGCAGAAAUUGAGAAGAUAAUUUCAGAGUGUGAAAUUACGAGGGUCGCUCAAGAUGUUUUGAGCCAAUAUUUGACGCUGGAAAGAUACUUCUUAGAAGAGAGCGUGAAUAAAGCGCUGAAGCUUUCCAGUGCGCAGUCCGGAGCCACAACAUCCAGCCUGGUAGAUGACGUUUUCUACAUUGCGAGAAAGGUUAUCAGGCGCGGUAUCUCGACGGGCAGCGUGGACGGCGCGUGCGCGGCGCUGAACGAGGCGGGCGCGCAGCUGGAGCGCGCGGGCGCCGCGCUGCGCCGCCGCCUCGCCGCGCCGCCGCCCGAGCCGCUGCCGCUGGCGCCGCCCGCCGCGCCCGCGCCGCCCGCCCGCCCGCGCGCGCCCCGCGACGACGCCGAGCGCGCGCUCUACCUGGCGCUGACAAACGAAGCGGAGACCGGCGCGGAGUGGGCGGAGGCGCUGGCGGAGCAGGCCGUGCGCGAGGCGGAGGUGCUGUGGCGCGGCGCGGCGGGGGCGGGGCCGGGGGCGGGGGCGGGGCCGGGCGCGGGGGCGGGGCGCGCCAAGCUGCGCUCGUGCGCCGCGGGGCUGGGCGCGGCGGCCGGCGCCUUCCGGGCCGCGCGCGACCUGGCGCUGGCGGCGCUGCGGGCCGCGCUGCUGCCAGCGCUGGCCGCCUGGGCGCACGCGCUCGUCGACCCCGGCGCCGACGGCGAGGAGUUGGAAGAGGAGGCGGACGCGCUCCCGACCGCCCUGGACGGGCUGGCGGACGCGGCGCGCGCGGCGCUGCCCGGCUGCGCGGACGCGCUGCUGGCGGACCUGCUGGCCGAGCUGCUGGCGCGCGCGGAGGACGCGCUGCUGCGGAACCGCUACGACAGGCGCGGCGGUCUGUGCGUUGAGAGGCGCGCGCGGCGGCUGGCGGCCUGGGCGGGCGGGAACGCGCCCGCCGCGAGGGAGAGGGUGGGCGCGCUGGCCGCGUGUGGCGCGCUGCUGGCACUGGAGAGGCUGGCGCACGUCGGCGAGGCGCUGCCGCCCGCCCUACUGCCCCCCGCCCGCGUGCGGGACGUACUCGCGCGCAGAACGGACUUCAAACUUGAAGACAUUAAGCGACUAAAGCUGUAGAAAUGUCAAUAAUUUUAUUUAAAAAACUCGAUAUAUAUUGUAUAUCUAUAUUGUAAACAUUGUGGCAAUAAAUAUGUAGUAACCUAAAAA